GGGGCCCUCAGGCUGGGCGCGCUGGCAAUCCCGAGGCCGACCAGGCCAUGCACCUCCAGCCCGCCUGGGCACCCAAGCUGCAGCCGCCUUCUUUGUGCAGGCAGCAACCUCCAGGCAACUCCCGAGUCCGCCCUCACUUCCCACAUCUCGGAACGAGGGCCAGAUCCUGUGGCUGAGGCCAAGCCAGGCGGUCUGCCCUGCAGCAGCUGCACGGGGGCGGGAACCGGCCCUCAGCCCUUUCCCCCGUGGCUGCAGAGGGCCCUUGGCUAGAGGUGUCGAGCUCUGGCAGAGGAGGAGCCAGGCGGGGGCAGGGUCUGGCGGGCUCUCAGGCCAGGGGCACUCGCGAUCCAGAGGCCGCCCAGGCCAUGCUCCACCACCUGGGCGCCCAGCUACAGGCGCCAGGCAACUCCCAAGCUGGCUGGCUCGCCCAGCCUCGCAGACCCGGGCCUGGAUGUCGCCGUGGCUGCGGCCAAGCCAGGCAGUCUGCCCGGCGGCGGCUGCACCGGGGCAGGAACCGACCGUCAGCCGCAUCCCCGGUGGCUGAAGACGGCCCCUGGAGCGGCCCUGACCUCUCUUCCGAGGAGAAGAGGGGCGGGAGUCACGGCCAGGCAGGCCCUCAGGUGGGAAGGGAUGCGCGCCUGCGAUUCCGGAACGUACCGCGCCAGCCCACGAGAACCCGGAAGCCAGCAGCUCCUGUUUCUCUGUGUGAUUCUGUGAGGAACCACCAAAUUGUUUGCCACCGCAAGUGCAUCAUUUUCUAUUCCUAG